GCCUAGGAUUCUGAUCAGUGUGGCGUGAGAAGUGCUGUUGAGAGCGACGGAAAAGUGUUUACGCCAUGGCCCCUUCCACACACGUCCUUCACGCUAUUCCAACCUGGAUCGAGGAGAAUAAGAAGUUCUUCUUGCCACCGGUAUGCAACAAAAUGAUGCACGGCGACGGCCAGCUGAAGGUGUUCUACGUCGGGGGCCCCAACCAGCGCAAGGAUUUUCACAUAGAGGAGGGAGAGGAAUUCUUUUACAUGGCCAAGGGUGACAUGAACCUCAUCACCCUCACUAACGGCGCCUUCAAAGAUGUCAUCAUAAAGGAAGGAGAGGUUUUUCUAUUACCUGGCAAAAUUCCACACUCCCCGCAGCGAUUUGCCGAGACAAUAGGCCUAGUCAUCGAGAGAGAGAGAAUGAAAACAGAACUUGAUGGUCUCAGGUACUAUGUCGAAGGCACAACAGAAUCAUUAUUUGAACGUUGGUUUUACUGUGAAGAUUUGGGAACUCAGCUUGGACCAAUUAUCAAGGAGUAUUUUGCUUCCGAACAACACAAGACUGGUAAACCAAUUCCAGGGACCAUCCCCGAAAACCCUCCCUUUCUCCCAGAUGCUGCGAGGAAGCUGGAGGACCCCUUUCCUUUGGCCAAGUGGCUCACCAAACACAGCGCUGAGGUAUUUUUCUUUUUCCCUCUCUCUCUCUCUUUCUCUUUUUCCUUUCUCUUUCUCUUUCUCUUUCUCUUUCUCUUGCUCAUCUCUCUCAAAUUAACUGCAAUAUCUUUAUUCUUUACGGGAGUUGCAGCCUUAAGGGCCCAGAGAUGUGACUGUAUUGCCGAUGAAAGAGAAUUAAAGAAACAAAAUGGGCUAGUCAACCACUAUGAGCAAAGAUGUAAAAACGCAGUACCGUUGUCGGUCUCUCAAAAGGACAACUUAAAGACACCUCCGGACCCACAAAUUUCGGAGUCUAUGACCUUUCGUGAAGAUCUGGGUGAACACGGAGGUAUAUUUUUGGUUUAG